AUGUCAUACGGCCCUCCGCAGGGACCGCCUCCAGGGCAAUACGGCGGACAUGCUCCUCCUCCUGGACCUCCGCCAGGCCAAGGCUACGGCCAGGGCUACAACUACGGCUACCCCCAAGGCCCGCCCCCACAACAAGGUCCCGGCGGAUACCAGCAGUUCGGUAGCCCUGCCCCUCCUCAACACGGGAACUGGGCCGCUCCCCCAGGCCCGCCUCCAGGACAGUAUGGCGGACCACCACCUCCUGGGCAGGGGAAUUGGGGUCCUCCUCCACCUCAAGGACCGCCGCCGGGACAAUAUAACCAGCAAUACGGUGGGGCCCCUCCAUUUGCACCCCCAGCGCAGCCCUCCCCAGGCUACAUCCCCGGGGCGGCAGCGCAGGGCGACGCGUCGCGCGACGCAGACGCCCUCCGCGCGGCCAUGAAAGGCUUCGGCACGGACGAAUCGGCGCUGAUUCGGAUCCUCUCGAAGCCCGACCCGCUCCAGAUGGCGCUGCUGCGCAACACGUACAACCAGCGCCACCGGCGCGACCUCGAAAAGGACAUCAAAUCCGAGACGUCGAAAUACUUCCGCGACACGCUCGUGGCGCUCGUCCAAGGCCCGCUCAUGCACGACGUGCACAGCGUGCACGAGGCGAUCAAGGGCCUGGGCACCAAGGAGUCCGUCCUCAACGACGUGCUGCUGGGCCGCUCCAACGCCGACAUGCGCGCCAUCAAGCAAGCGUACCAGCAGACGUUCCGGCACACGCUCGAGGCCGACGUAAAAGGCGACCUAUCUCUGAAGACGGAGCGGCUGUUCGACAUGGUCAUGUCGGCAACGCGCAACGAAGAGUCCACCCCGGUAAUCCCCCACGAACUGGAACACGACUGCUCGGAACUGCACCGCGCCAUGGACGGGCGCGUGGGCACCGAUCAGAUCGCCGUGUGCAGCAUCCUGGCGAAACGGUCGGACGGACAGCUCCGCGCCAUCGCCCACCACUGGCAGCAGAAAUACCACUCGUCGCUCGAGAAGGUCAUCGAGUCCGAAUUUUCGGGCCACAUGAGGGAUGCGCUCGUGCUGAUGGUGCGCCGGGCCACCGACCGCGCCAUGUCCGACGCCGUCCAGCUGGAGGACGCAAUGGCCGGUGCCGGCACAAAGGACGUCUUGUUGGUGCAGCGCGUGGUCAGGGUCCACUGGGACAGGAUGCACUUGGACCAGGUCAAGAGGGCUUACGCGCAUCGGUAUCAACGGGAUCUCAUCAAGCGCGUCAAGGGAGAGAUCCACUUUGACAAAUACUACGAGGGCGUGCUGGUUGCUUGCUUGUCGUGA